AAUACCCACACGCACGCACGCACGCGUGCGAUCGACCAAGGCGAUCAGUACGUACGUGGCAGCCAUGGCCGCGGCCGUGUCCGUGUCCGUGAUCUUGUUCUUGAGCGCGCUGGCCGGAGGCGGAGCCGUGGAGGCGCUGCUGGGAGCGCCGCCGAGUCCCGGCGCGGCGGCGAAGGCGAAGGUGGCGGCGGUGCUGGCGUUCGGCGACUCGGUGGUGGACACGGGCAACAACAACUACAUCCGCACCAUCAUCCGCUCCAACUUCCCUCCCUACGGCAAAGACUUCCCCGGCGGCAAGGCCACCGGCAGGUUCUCCGACGGCAAGAUCAGCGUCGACUUCUUAGCGUCAGCGCUUGGGGUGAAGGAGAUGCUGCCGCCGUACCUGGACAAGAAACUCACCAUGGACGACCUCAGGACGGGCGUGAGCUUCGCGUCGGCGGGGAGCGGCUACGACAACGCCACCUGCCGGACCAUGAUGACGGGGCUGACGGUGGAGCGGCAGCUGCAGCUGUUCGCGGAGUACAAGGCCAAGCUGGGCGGCGCCAUGCCGGAGCGGGCGCUCUACCUCCUCUGCUGGGGCACCAACGACGUCGUCCAGCACUUCACCCUCGGCGACGGCAAGACGGAGCCGCAGUACGCCGACUUCAUGGCGCAGCGCGCCGUCGGCGCCGUCCAGACCCUGGUCGGCCACGGCGCCCGGCUGAUCCUCGUCGUCGGGGCGCCGCCGGUCGGGUGCGUCCCGGCGCAGCGGAUCAUCGCCGGCGGGGUGCGGCGGCAGUGCGCCACCGACCGCAACCAGGUGGCCCUGCUCUACAACCGCAAGCUCAGCCAGGAGAUCAACCGGCUCAAUGGCCAGCUCGCCGGCGUCAAGAUCAUCUACGUUGACCUCUACUCCAUCCUCACCGACGUCAUGCAUGGCUACCAAGCCCUAGGUUUCAAGAAUGGGAAGGAUGCAUGCUGUGGUUACAUCGGGCUAGCGGCCAGCGUGUUGUGCAACUUCGCGAGCCCGCUUUGCGACGUACCAUCGGACUACGUCUUCUGGGACAGCUACCACCCCACGGAGAGGGCCUACAAGCUCAUGGUCGAUCAGGUCGUCCAUCGUUACCUCCGCUUUCUAUAGUCAUCAUCACCUAGCUAGCUAAUUAAUCUGGCUUAAUUAAUUGGUCAUAUGGUAUUUCAUUUUUUCUCCUUCCUUUAAGCUACUUAAUUCACCACAAGUAUAUAUAAGCUACUCUAGCUCACCGCUACUCCGUCUAUUCAGCUUGUGUUAAGGAGGACAUAUACAAAUGUUUUGUACGACAUAUUAUUCGUGUGUAGUGGUGUGUGCCCGUGUGUUAUAGAACUGCAUUUGUGUGAGCUUUUAGCUCUUCUUGUUUUGUGACUA